CCAGACCUCCUGCAGCAGAACAUGAGUCAGCCCGCUAAGCCAGUUCAUCCAGCCAAACCAACCAGGCACAAUGACACAGAGCCCACAGAGUGGCUGAAGAGGAACACUUCUCAGUCCCCCAUCAGGACCAGUGAGGACCCCAGAGUAAAGCCUCCUCCUCCAUGGCUCCCAGUGCUGGAGAAACAUGACAUCCCCAUCGUGGUGGGAGUGGGUGUGUCUCUGGCCUUCAUAUUCAUCACCAUGGCCUUCUACUCCCUGGUCCAGAAGAAAGAGCCUGCCCCCGCUAUUAGAGCCUUGUCUUCCACAGUUCCCAGGAACCUGGGAGUCCCCUUCAGACAUGCUGAACGUCUGGCCACUGGGAGGACUUAUGAGAACAGGGCGUUUGAGGAUGAUGAUUUGGUGGCUGUGAUUGAACAAAGCCCCGACACGUCAGAUACACGUACCAGGCCCCCUGCCCCCAGCCCGGUCACUGUGAUGAUAGACCCUGCCUUUGAUGAGACUCAGGAGACACAGCCUCGCCCCCCGUCCUCUUCAGAACACUCAGUCACAGCAGAGACCUACCCUGAGGCAAUCGAAGACACACAGGUUGACCCCUUCCUGGAUGAAGAGAAAGGCUGCAGCCUGUCUCACCCCAGCAUCCAGCUGCAGUGUGUGGAGGACUGGGGGGGUGGAGGAAUAUACGGACAAUGUCAGGGCCAGGACUUUCUCUCUGAGCCCCCCUCUCUCACUCCUUCACCUUUACGCUCCCUGUCUCCCUCCCCUCCUCCUGUGCGUGAGGAAAGCCUGCGCUCCUCCCUGACACUCCAGACCACUGAGCCCUGUGCCACGCCCAUCCACCACAGCGUCAGCAUCUCCCACGGUAACGCCCCCCUCCUCCUCUCCCACUGCGUCUCCCACUGCGUCUCCCUAGGCCUCACCACCGUCGCCGUUGAUGUUCACUUCUACCCAGCAGCUCUUGCGUCAGCCACCGCUGCCAUGGCGACCGUGACAGCCGCCACACAGGUUAAUGCUACCGCCGCUGCUGCUCCAGGGCCCCAGCUCAGCUCUCGAUUGGCACAAGGUCAGGAGCAUGACCAAUCGGCUCCCAGCAUGUGCCAGAGUAAGUAACUAGAUAGAGGGAAUGCCGGAUGGAGAAUUGGUUCCAACACAGAUGUUGCCAUUAGUCUCCACUUUGGACAGCUUGGCUGGAUUGUUGGUUGUCUUCACGUGUCUCUCUGUAUUUAUCAGCCUGUUUCCUCUGCCUUGAUCUGACACUGGUGUGGAGAAUGUGUUUGUGUUGGAACCAUACACUGAAGACUAUAGGACAACAUCCUAAAUGGUCUACACAUCCUAAAUGGUCUACACAUACUGCACCACAGUCAGCUAUAAACACGUCAACUACAUAAUGUCAAUGUAUUCUGUUUCUGUCCUUCAUAAAGAAGAGUCAUAUGAGAUUUUCAUUAUUGAUCAUGUAUAUUAUGGCUUCAUUGUGUAUUACAAAUGUCAGUUACACAAUGAUGCUUGAGGCCUAAAAUAAUGCAUUUAUAGGAAGCAAAAACUAGAAUAUGUAUAACUGCUUUCAUAAUCUUCUUUUACAUGCCAAUGUUUCUCUGCCUUGACUGAAUAUAUAGCUCAUUAUAUUUAUAUAUACACUUUAUAAACUCAUUUGUGUCAAAUACAUUUUCUCAGUUGAAUAUUCUACAAUGAAAAAGCCAAGGAGAAAACAGCUGUGUACAAAAUAUUGCAAUCUUUGUUACGUUACACUUCCUAAUCAGGUAAUACACAACCUCUCUCUGUUGCACCAUAAACCGACUGUUACUUCUGUGCUGAAACCAAAGGAAGGUGACGACAGGGCUUAAUCCCAAUUGAAACCCAGCUGACCUGAAAUGUCAUUUAUCUGGAUCAGUUCACUUUAUGAUCAGUGAAAUGUCAUUUAUCUGGAUCAGUUCACUUUAUGAUCAGUGAAAUGUCUAUAACUUUCAUGAAUUUCCCUUUCCUUUGCUACUGCCAUGAAUUCAUUACUCUUAAAUGAAUGUGUUAAACUGAAAAUUAUAUUUUUCCCCCUGUAUUUCUCAUCUUAUUUGUUUCAAUAACAUGUUCAGUAUCAAUUGUUGUAAUUUAUAAAUUUUUUAUCUUACAUAUUUAUAUUUGUGUGUAUUAAAUCAGUGAACUUAUUACCUUUGUAUGGGUGAUAAAAUGCCAACAAAAAAAAUAUUAAAAGUUAUGACACAGAUCUAACAUUCACAUACUGUGAUAAUUAUUUUAAGUACUGUAUCAAAUGGAUUUUUAUUUACUCAACAAUGGACAGAAAUAAACAGGGAAAUAAUACUGCUGUAUUUGAUUUUGUUUGGUGGCUUCUGCAAAAAUACAGUUACAUCAAUUAUCUUAGCUAGAUCACUAUAGAUGUACUGUAAUAUAGACCUAAAUCAAUGUCAAAUAAACCUUAUUACAGAGUGGAUGGUUCCGGAUGGAUCCCACUUUCUCAUACAUAGGGCAGUUACUGAGCUAAGCAAGACCACCUUUUCCUAUUGUGCACCGGAGGCAUGGAACCAGUGGAGGCUCCUCAGAGGAGGAAAGGGAGGACCAUCCUCCUCAGUGAAUUUCAUAAAAAUUGAAAUGGAUAACUUUUUUAAAAUGUUGCACUUUUUUUUAGAUAAAACUAUACUAAAUAUAUUCACAUCACCAAAUAAUUGAUUAAAAUGUUUUGCAAUGAAGGUUUACAGUAGCCUCAACAGCACCCUGUAGGGUAGCACCAUGGUGUAGCCGAAGGACAAUUUGUUUGGUUGACUUCAAUACAAACAUUUAGAAGACGCAUGGUUCUUACCACCUUCCAUAGUCUUACACAGUAAUUAUGAGAACAUCUGGAGGACUACCUCCAACCUAUCAGAGAUCUUGCAGCAUGAACUGACAUUAAUCUAGUACUGAAAGCAUAAGCUACAGCUGGCUAGCACUGCAGUGCAUAAAAUGUGGUGAGUAGUUGAUUCAAAGAGAGAGAAAGACAAUAGUUGAACAGUUGGAACAAAUUAAUUUCUUUAAAAAUGGAGACGCGAGAGAGAGAAAUAUUUUAAAAAAUUCACGUUCACUUUCACUUAGCCAGCUCUAGCUAUGGCUAUCCAACACGGGAGCGCUUCCAAGCCAAGGUAAGCUUUUGGUUUUAUUAAUUUAUUGCCACCGGGGCCCGCUGGUGUAACUGCUAAACUGCUUGCUUAUUGUACAAUGUACUUCAUGAUUGUAGCGGGUUAACUGAGUUAUUUCUGGUAGCUAGUUUGACUAUGGCAUUAGCUAAUAUGGUGACAAUGAUGUAGGCUGUGUGUAGCAUUUAGCGGUUAUGAUUCAAAGGUUUUUUCGCCUGGUUUUUUCGCCUAGUUGAUAUACAGAAAAGACCAAGUCCAUGUUAUGGCAAGAACAGCGCAAGCCUAAAGCUAUCGAUGUUACAUUGAGCUUGGUGAAUGGAUAUGAAUCAUAUUUCUAUUACAGUAUGCUGGAAGACUAAGGCCACGCUAAUUUAAAAAAUGCUUGUCCUCCCUCCUCUUAAACGUCACCGACCACCACUGCAUGGAACAGUCUGCAAAAUACCCUUCACCUAGAUGUAAACUCAGCAAAAAAAGAAACGUCCCUUUUUCAGGACCCUGUCUUUCAAAGAUAAUUUGUAAAAAUCCAAAUAACUUCACAGAUCUUCAUUGGAAAGGGUUUAAACACCGUUUCCCAUGCUUGUUCAA